AAGUGCAGCUCAAUUCAGUUCACUCAGUUAUAAUCAGUCAAAAAGUAAACAUGGCGGCGAUCGACGUUGAGCCUCAAAAAAUGGAGACGCUGAUGCGUACCCUAAAGCUGUCGGGGCACGUCGGGUUCGACAGCCUGCCCGACCAGCUGGUGAACAAGAGCGUGCAGAAUGGAUUCGUGUUCAACAUCCUGUGCAUAGGUGAGACUGGCCUGGGUAAGUCAACACUGAUGGACUCGCUGUUCAACACCAACUUUGAGUCAGUGCCGAGCCCGCACAACCUACCCACAGUCAAGUUGAAGGCACACACCUAUGAAUUGCAGGAGAGCAGUGUCAGAUUGAAGCUAACAAUCUGUGACACGGUUGGCUAUGGAGACCAAGUGAACAAGGAGGAUAGUUUCAAGGCAGUAGUGGACUACAUCGACGCACAGUUUGAGGCGUACCUGCAAGAAGAGUUGAAGAUCAAGCGAGCACUACCGACCUAUCAUGACAGCAGGCUGCAUGUCUGUUUGUACUUCAUUUGUCCUACAGGUCACGGGCUGAAGUCGAUUGACCUGGUGUGCAUGAAGAAGCUGGAUACGAAGGUGAACAUCAUCCCCAUCAUCGCCAAGGCUGACACCAUCUCCAAGACUGAGCUGCAGAAGUUCAAGUCUAAAAUAAUGCAAGAGCUGCAAGCGAACUCUGUGGAGAUCUACCAGUUCCCAGUAGACGACGAGUCAGUGACGGAGGUGAACAGCGUCAUGAAUUCGCACAUACCCUUCGCCGUCGUCGGCUCGACCGACUUCGUCAAGAUCGGCAACAAGACUGUGCGAGCCAGGCAGUACCCGUGGGGCACUGUGCAAGUGGAGAACGAGUCUCACUGCGACUUCGUGAAGCUGCGCGAGAUGCUGAUCCGCACGAACAUGGAGGACCUGCGCGAGAAGACGCACGCGCGGCACUACGAGCUCUACCGCCGCCGCCGCCUGCAGCAGAUGGGCUUCACUGACGUCGACGCUGAUAACAAGCCUGUAUCGUUCCAGCAGACGUUCGAGCAGAAGCGCGUGGCGCACCUGGCGGAGCUGCAGCAGAAGGAGGACGAGAUGCGACAGAUGUUCGUGCAGCGCGUCAAGGAGAAGGAGGCCGAGCUCAAGGACGCGGAGAAGGAGCUGCACGCGAAAUUCGACAAACUGAAGAAAGAUCACACAGACGAGAAGAAGCGGCUGGAGGAACUGCGCAAGAAGAUCGAGGACGACACCAUCGAGUUCAACCGCCGCAAGCAGCACGCCGCCGCCGCCACGCACACGCUGACGCUCGGCAAGAACAAGAAGAAGUAACCGCGCCACCCGCCGCCACUCGCGCGGCACAACACCAUACAGUAGGCACGGGGCAUACCACGGACAAACGCACUUUUUUGCUAACAUUUUUCUCCUCGACAUGAAAUACCAUAGAACCACUUUCUAAUUCACGAAAGGUGAAAUCGCAUUUGCCGUAUCCCCGUGUGCUUAACCCGGUGCAACAAGCUACACCAAAUCCGGAUCAUGCUAAGACUAUAUCAAUAGUUUUUUGAAACAGUGUUUCUUAAUGUGUGAACAUUUUAAAGUUUUACCGCGUGAACUUUUAUAACUCUGCAAUAGAUUGUAAUGUAUGUGAGUAUACGUUGCGUUUUAUAUUAUCAAAGAUUAUAUUUAGACGCUUUUAGCUAGCAGCAAUCGCUUGCAUCCGAGUUGGAUUUGUACCAUCAUAGAAAACUUUGAAUAAAGAUUCAAAUUUAAAAUUGUGUGCAAAAUACUUAGACCAGUCAACUUAUUUCUUAACGAUAGCGCACAUUUUAAUAUCUUAUUUAUAACUUUAAUUAAAAUAGAAGCAUGAUAUAAAAUUUCAUUAUUGUAAUCAUUAUUCGUUUACAUUUACAUUAUAUGCACUAUCUCAAUAUAAAUAAAUAGAAUCUACUUUGAUUGGAUAAAUCAAUUAAUAAGGUACAAAAAUUGGUUCCAGAUUUAAUAAUAAAAAGUCUUGAACAUUAACAAGCAUUGACCUCUCAAGUUUAUAUCGAAUCACAAUGUACUCAUAACCGAUAUAUUUGUCGAUAGUUAUAAUAAGAAGUAUAUUUAAGUUUAAUCGGCCAAAUGAUCUAAUCAACUAUGUGGAGUGACUUUACCAAAAUGUAUUAAAUGAGAUAAUUAACGAUACUUUUAUUUACAAGUUGUAGGUGUAGUAGUGAUGGAAACUCGAAUGUGACCGACCACGUGCAGACAACGUUAGGCUUGACUUGAAAUUAAUUGAUCAAUGAUAUGUAUGUGAAUGAAUGUGUAUUUUCGUAAUGUUAGCCAGAGCGCCGGCAACACAUUCGAGUAUUCAAACACGCGUAGUGUUUAGUUUUUAUAUAAUAAUUAUAAACAUAGUUGUGUUUAUAUAGUUUAUUAUGUACUGACCUAACAUCGCGUGUAAUCAAAUUGCCUAUUUACCGUAGUACCUAAGAAAUAGCUAGAGACGUAUUAAAUUAUAUUUACUAUUGCCUGUAAACUGUUUGCACGCACUUGACGAUACUUAGAUUUAACGUUCUAUAUGCAGUCGUAUACAAUGCAAGUUCAAGUGCACCCGCGACCGAGUUCCGACUAAUUUCAUAAUCAAUAUCAGCAACGAUGCUGCCUCAACGCUGGACUUAUAAUAAUAUCAUAGCUCUCUAGUUAUGUAAAUGAGUAGUACUAUUAUAGCGAGUUCCAGAUAAGCGUGUUUAUAUAAUGAACUACAUUCUCAUGGCAUUUAUUCAGUCAUUCCUACUUUAAAUUAAUUUUAUACUUAAUUUUGAAUUAUUUUGUAUUACCUGAUUUGGGGUAUUUAAUAAAUAAAGUUAAAAAUCA